AUGUCUCUCGAAGGAAAAGUCGCUCUCAUUGCCGGCGGAGUCAAGAACCUAGGCGCCGCAAUCGCGCGGGAGCUCGCGGGGCAGGGCGCCAGCCUGGCGCUGCACUACAACUCGGCCGCGUCCAAGGACGACGCCGACGCGCUCGGCCGGGCGUUUGCCACCGAGUAUCCGUCGGUCCGGGUCAAGUUUUACCAGGACGACCUGACGACCGAGGCGGCGGUGGAGAGGCUCUUCCAGGCGGCGCAGGCGGACCUGGGCCGGAUCGACAUUGUGGUCAACACGGUGGGCAAGGUGCUGAAGAAGGCGAUUGGGGAGAUAAGCGAGGCGGAAUACGAUUCGAUGUUUGCCAUCAACUCCAAGGCGGCCUUCUUCAUCCUCAAGGCAGGCAGCAAGUACGUGGCCGACGGGGGCAAGAUCAUCACCAUUGUGACGGCGCUGCUGGCUGCGUUUACGGGCUUGUACACGUCGUAUGCGGGCUCCAAGGCGCCGGUCGAGCACUUUACGCGGGGCGUGGCCAAGGAGCUGCAGCCGCGGCUGGUGAGCGUGAAUGCGAUUGCGCCUGGUCCCAUGGACACUCCCUUCUUCUACCCGCAAGAGUCGCCAGAGGCCGUGGCGUUUCACAAGAGUCAGGGCUUGGGCGGGCGGUUGACAGAGGUCCGGGACAUUGCGCCGCUGGUGAGGUUCCUGGUGACCGAGGGCGGCUGGAUCACGGGCCAGACGCUGUUUGCCAACGGGGGCUACACGACCCGAUGA